CGAUUGUAUUACCCUUUUAAAAAAAUGAAACAGUAUAAAGCUGCCACAUAGAGCUUGUCCGUCCAGAAACAUCCAGAUAACUUAUGGCGUCGGUUACUCUAACCACCGCCACAACCACCACCAUCUUCGCCGCUUUCGUCGGAAACAAUGGCAAUUCUACUCGCUUCAACUUCAUGCGCCGCCCCUUUUUGCCGCAUUUUAGUAGGCGGAGAAGCACCGCUGCGAAUUUCGCCAUUGAAGCUAAGCUUGGAGAAACCCAGAAAACCUCUUUGAAAUUCAAUAAACUUGGCGACUCUGAUCUUCUCAUUAGCGAAAUUACCCUCGGCACUAUGACAUUUGGACAACAAAAUACAGAGAAAGAAGCUCACGAUAUUCUCAGUUAUGCAUUUGAUCAGGGCAUCAACAUUUUAGACACUGCAGAAGCUUAUCCAAUCCCAAUGAAGAAGGAAACACAGGGAAGAACUGAUCUUUAUAUCGGUAGCUGGUUGAAGUCUCAGCCCCGUGAUAAGGUCAUUAUAGCAACAAAAGUAUGUGGUUAUUCAGAGCGCUCCGGUUAUAUCCGUGACAAUGCAGAAGUAUUGCGUGUUGAUGCUGCUAAUAUAAAGGAAAGUGUGGAGAAAAGUCUUAAGCGGCUGAACACUGACUAUAUUGAUUUAUUACAAAUUCAUUGGCCAGAUCGCUAUGUUGCUUUGUUUGGUGAAUUUACUUACGAUUACAACAAAUGGAGGGAAGGUGUGCCAUUUGAGGAGCAACUUAAGGCCUUGCAGGAAGUUAUUGAUGAAGGAAAGGUAAGAUACAUUGGUGUCUCGAAUGAAAGUUCUUAUGGUGUAAUGGAGUUUGUCCAUGCAGCAAAAGUUGGGGGACUUCCAAAGAUCGUGAGUAUUCAGAACUGCUACAAUCUACUCACUCGAUGUCGGUUUGAAGUUGACCUUGUUGAAGUUUGUCAUCCAAACAAUUAUAACAUUGGUCUGCUUGCCUAUUCUCCUUUGGGUGGCGGAAAUCUCACUGGAAAAUAUUUGGAUCCUGAUUAUGUGGCUUCUAAGAAAGGAAGGCUGAAUCUUUUCCCUGGUUAUAUGGAACGAUAUAUUAGCUCCUAUGCAAAGGAGGUAACUGCCAAGUAUGUUGAGCUGGCCAGCAAACAUGGUCUGUCUCCUGUGCAGCUAGCUCUUGCUUUUGUCAGGGAUUGUCCAUUUGUGACUAGUUCGAUCAUUGGUGCAACUUCCGUUGAUCAGCUUAAAGAAGACAUUGAUGCUUUUUUGACAGUUGAGAGGCCAUUAUCACAGGAAGUAAUGCAAGACAUUGAAUACAUUUUCAAGAGAAACAAGGACCCUGCUAUUGACUGAUGAACAUCUCCAUCCGAGGUAUGGCGCUGCCCACUGUAGAGGGCCGGGGAACCCCAUGAGCUUGGUGUGAAUGUGUGGCAAUGUCUUAAUCCUCACUCGAAUCCCAUUCAUUGAUUGAGCAUUUUUACAUUCAAUUGUAUCAUAUGUUUAUUAUUCUCUAACGUUGUCAUUGGGAAAAUAAUAUCCAAAUUUUGUUGUACAAUGAGUCAAUGAGUAUUCUCAA